AUGACUGUAGCACAGAAAGAUCUGAAGAUGUGGGACAAAGUUCCUGUUGUGCAGAUCUUCCUGGGCAUACUGGGCUUCGGUCUCUCCAUUAUGUUCUGCACGACCUUCUGCAGGUUGUGCCAGCACUUUAGGGAGCGGCAGGUAGACAGGGAGGAGUGGAGGCGAAAUGCAGAAGAAGGUCGGACACCACCGAUAUAUGUCAUCCCGUUUCCCAGGAGCAUGUCCCAGCAGGACAGUGAAGACCACUCCAGAGUUCCUUCAUACAGUCCGGAAAUACUUUAUGGGCCAUCACAAUACAACACCAAUCCCUACUGUGGGCCUCCGCCUUCUUAUAACGAGGUGGGACAGAGAGCAGGAACCUGCCUGUUGACUCGUAUCAGUGUAGUAUGCAAGCAUAUGUGGAUCUUAGCCAUGUGA